ACGCAUCCCAUUCUCUGUUCUCUUUUCCGCCAUUGGAAUUGGAUUAGAGAGGCGAUAGAGAGACUCCAAAGCGCUGCCAAUGGCGAGCUUCGUGAACCACCAGUUCGCCGGCCUUCGGUGCCCGCCGCUCUCCUCCUCCCAUCUUUCGAAGCCUUCCUCCGCCGCCUCCUCCAAGGCGCCGGUCAGGCCCUCCUUCUGCUCCGCCGCCGUCAUCGCCGGCACCUACGCCCUUACCUCGGCCCAGAAGGAGCGGCAGAAGCUGAAGGAGGUCUUCGAGGAGGCCUACGACCGCUGCCGCACCGCCCCCAUGGAAGGCGUCGCCUUCACCGUCGAGGACUUCCAUUCCGCCCUCGAGAAGUACGACUUCGACUCCGAAAUCGGCACCAAGGUAAAGGGAACAGUUUUCAUGACAGAUAUGAAUGGGGCACUUGUUGACAUAACAGCCAAGUCUUCUGCAUACUUACCUGUCCAAGAAGCAUGUAUUCACAAAAUUAAGCAUGUUUCAGAGGCAGGAAUAUAUCCAGGAUUGGUUGAAGAGUUUGUCAUAAUUGGUGAGAUGAAUGCAGAUGAUAGCUUAAUUUUGAGUUUACGGUCAAUUCAGUAUGAUCUUGCAUGGGAAAGGUGUAGGCAACUUCAGGCCGAAGAUGUUAUCGUCAAGGGUAAGGUUGUGGGUGGAAAUAAAGGAGGUGUUGUAGCAAUCGUGGAGGGCCUUCGUGGUUUUGUUCCAUUUUCACAGAUAUCAGCGAAAUCAACAGCAGAAGAACUCAUUGAUAAGGAACUACCGCUGAAGUUUGUGGAGGUUGACGAGGAACAAUCUAGGCUUGUUCUCAGUAAUCGCAAGGCCAUGGCAGAUAGUCAGGCUCAACUUGGAAUUGGAUCGGUGGUCUUGGGAAGUGUUCAAAGUCUUAAACCGUAUGGUGCCUUUGUUGACAUUGGUGGAAUCAAUGGCCUUCUCCAUGUUAGCCAGAUUAGUCAUGAUCGUGUCUCUGAUAUCUCAACAGUCCUACAACCUGGUGACACCCUUAAGGUUAUGAUACUGAGUCAUGACCGCGAAAGGGGACGAGUAAGUCUUUCUACCAAAAAGCUGGAACCAACUCCUGGUGACAUGAUUCGGAAUCCUAAGCUUGUAUUUGAGAAGGCAGAUGAGAUGGCUCAGAUAUUCAGGCAAAGGAUAGCCCAAGCCGAGGCGAUGGCUCGUGCUGACAUGCUAAGGUUCCAGCCUGAGAGUGGCUUGACCCUGAAUUCUGAGGGCAUUUUGGGGCCCCUCACAUCGGACUUGCCUGCCGAGGGCCUGGACUUGAGUGAGAUUCCCCCAGCAGACGACUAAAUGUUACAAUAGCAAUGGGAUCUCCGAAGCAUUUCCGGUUUUAAUUUUUUAUUGAAGCCUGUCCAAAUGCAACAUGCUUUUGCGGCGCUUCAUACUGUUUGUUAUGAUGUGCUAAUUGUAUGUUUUAUACAAGAUUCCUGAGAACUAAAAAGAUUUUUUUUUUUUCCCCUCUUA